AUGGAAAAUCAGAACACCACGGUGACCUCUUUUGUCCUUUUGGGAUUUUCGUACACUUGGCCAGUCAAAAUUUUCCUCUUCCUGGCAUUUUUCCUCAUGUAUGCCUUAACUUUAUUGGGAAAUAUGAUGAUUCUGGUAGUCACAAGUCAUCUCCCCAGCCCCAUGUACUUUUUUUUAGCUCAACUGGCUUUUCUUGACAUGUGCUUGUCUUCUGUCACUGUGCCCAAGCUGCUGGUCAUUUUCUGGGCAAGACAGAGUAUUUCGUACCUUGGCUGCUUUACUCAGAUGUUCUUUGUCUUUCUCACAGGAGGCACUGAAGAUUGUGUCCUUGCAGCAAUGGCUUAUGACAGAUAUGCUGCCAUUUGCAAGCCCCUCCAUUAUGUACGCAUUAUGAACAAAGCAUUUUGUAGGUGGCUGGUGGGCAGUGCAUGGGCAGUUGGUUUCUUAUGUGCUUUGACAAACAUAAUAUCUAUUUUGAAACUAGAUUUCUGUGGACCAAAUAUUAUCAGAGAUUUCAGCUGUGAAUUUCCAUCUCUACUUCCCUUAUCUUGCACAGAUACUUUCCCUAAUUGGAUCAUAUUCCUAAUAUCUGGUAGUGCUGUUGCAAGUUCUUCCUUGAUUGUCAUCCUAGUCUCCUACAUCCACAUCAUCUCAACUAUCCUGAAGUUGAACUCAGCAGAAGCAAAAAAGAAAACUUUCUCUACCUGCAGUUCUCAUCUUAUUGUUGUGGUUUUGUAUUACGGCACUGCCUGCUUUAGGAAUAUGAGGCCCAGUACAGCUUCUUCAAUUAUUCUGGAUGAAUUCUUCUCCAUUCAGUAUAGCAUUUCAACGCCUAUGCUGAACCCCCUUAUCUAUAGUCUGAAAAACAGGGAAAUGAAGGAAGCCAUCAAAAAGCUAAUCGGCUACAAAUCCUUGUUUCCUUGUACUGUGUAA